AUGUCGAGAUAUGCACUGUACCUUGGAUUGGCGGGGGUGCAGACGAGAUACAGACGGGGAGAUGGUGGUUUGGAGAAGAGGACGACGGGCGGAGGGGAGUUGAUAUGGGCUUUGAUGACGCGUGUUUGCCUGCCACGUACGUCAGCGAGCGAGUCCACUUCCGCAGCCACAGCCCUUGCUCCUACGGCCAUGCAAUCCCUCGCAGAGCAGCAUCGCUUGCUUCCCGCGUUCGCGCCCGCGGUGCCCGUCUCCGCGCUGCCCAUCAUCGCCCUCGUUCUCCUCACCGCGACGUUUGUGCUCGCAUUCUACUUCUCCACCCUGCCAAACGACAAGAUACCCGUUCGCGAGGCCGCCGUCGCAUCGCUCGCGAGCAUUCUCGGUGGUUUCGGCAUUGUCGCCCUCUUCUGCACUGCUGGCGUGUACGUCUAA